AUGGAUACCUCAGUUUAUAAUCAUGCCCUUGAGUUAUGGGUGAAAGCUGAUCUUUCAAACUUGCAGAAGGAACUAGACAGUAAUAUUAUUGAGGUGAAGAAUAAAGAAACCAAAUCCUUAGAAUCUAGAAAGUUCCUAGCUACUGAGACAAAGAAAUUUAAGAAAUUACAAGGUGAUGAAAAGUUAAAUCAAAUAAAUAAGAUCAUCAAGCAUUAUCAACACGAAGUUGAUGACUUGACUCAAAGAUCCAAAUUCUCUGAACAAAUCGUUAUUGAAAUAUAUUCAAGAAUGUCAGAAGCUCCAGAUCCUAAACCGCUGUUGCAGAACUCUAUUGAGAAAUUGAGUAAAGUGGAGGAUAAUAAAGAACUGAAAGAAAAAAUAACGGUCUUAGAAGAUAAACUGGCAAAGUAUGCUGAUUAUGAAAACUUAAAGUCCAGAUUAUUGGAUUUAGAACAAAAUUCAGCAGUUACUUUAUCAAAAAGACUUACCGCUAAAGAGCAAGAGUUAUCGUCAAAGUGGGAAGAAAAGCAAAGAAACUGGAAAGAAAGAGAGAAUGAAUUAAACAAGAAGUUAGUAACCCUACAGACUAACAAUAAGUUACUGGAAGACAAAAUAUCUAAACAAGUAGAUAUAGAAGAGCCAACUGAAAAUACGAAACCAAACGCAGAUACAAAUAAACCUUCUCAAGACGCGGCUUCAUCGACAAACUCUACUAAAUCUGCAGCUGAGUUUUCCUUGUUGGUACAAGAAUUAGAAUCGGCACAAUCUAGAAUUUUACAAUUAGAAGAACGUAAUGAAACAUUAAAUGGUGAACUUUCCAAGGCCACUAGCACUGAAGAAAAAGAAUCCGUAUUGUACACUAAGGACUUAAAGAUUAACGAAUUAGAGAGUGAAAAUGCAUUAUUAAGCGCAUCCUUUGAAAGAGAAAGAAACAAUCUUUCUAACAUCAAGACUGAACUUCAGGAAGAGAUAUCACAAUUGAAAAAUGAAUCCACUUCUGUUAAAUCAGAAUUAGAAACAGUGAGAAGAAAGUUAAACAAUUACUCGGAUUAUAAUCAAAUAAAGGAGGAAUUAUCGACCUUAAAGAAGAUAGAAUUUGGAGCAGAUGAUAAUGAUAGUGAGGAAGAACUUGUCAUUGUUCAUGGAACGGAAAGUAGUAAACUAGAAUCUUCAUUAUUAUCAGCCAAUAAGAAGUUACAAUCAAGUUUGGCUGAAUUAAGAGUUGAAAAUAUCAAAAGCAUCGAAGAAAAUAAGUCACUAAAAGAGCAUUUAACUGAACUUAAUAAGAAAAUCGAGAAUUUGGAGAGUUUAAACUCUAAAUUAGAGCUUGACUUAGAAAGGUUUGAUGACAUUGACCAGAAAUUCAACGAUAAUGCAAGUAUGAUAUCAGGAGUAACCCGCCAAAUGAAUAACCGAGGAGAACAUGUUGGGAGGUUAUCACCAACAAGUUCAAUCGUUGGUAUACCAGAAGAUGCUGAAUUGACUACCUCAAAUAGCGCAUCCAUUCUUCCUAUUAUUACCAAACAAAGGGAUAGAUUCCGUACAAGAAAUAUGGAUCUUGAGAAACAACUAAGACAAGGGGUUUUGGAAAGAACAAAAAUGAAAGCAGACAUGAGUAAGCUAAAAGCAGACAACAGCAAAUUAUACGAACGUGUCAGGUUUUUAUCAAGUUAUAAACCAGAUUCUGGUAAAGCAUCUGUGACAAUUCAAGAUAGCCACGACACGGAAGCUCAAUAUUCAAACAUAUAUGAGGAGUCAUUACAUCCACUAGCAAACUUUAAACAGCAAGAACUAGAUUAUUAUAAGAGGAAUAAAUUAUCUGUCCUCGAAAAGUUAUUUUUGACGUUUGCAAGAGUCAUCUUACAAAAUAAGGCAACAAGAGCUGCGUUCUUAUUUUAUUGUCUUGCCUUACAUGGAUUAGUUUUCCUAAUGUCAAUGUACGUCAUUAAUAUAAGCGGUUAUAUGACACCUGAAGUGGGGAUUGUUCAAACGACAACUUCAGCUACAUCACAUGGUUCUGAUACACAUGCUGCUGCUGCUGCCGCCGCAGUUAAUCAACAAUUACUAAAUGAUCUUCCUGCUGGAUUUCAAUAA